UCUUGUUUAUAAUCCUCAUCUCUUUAUAUGAGCGGUCUAGGGAGAUCGGCUAUGGCUGCCGCCUCGUCGCAGCAGUUCGCAGGUCUCGCGCUCCCGCGCAAUCGCUCGUCGACGGCGGCGUCGUCCCAGCGCGCAGCAUUCACAAGAGCGUCGUGUUCUUCCUCCAGCGAUCAAAAUCAGGGUUCUUCGGUCGGCUGUGGUGGCAGGCGGAGCUUCCUUGGCGGCGCCGCUGCUAGCGCUGGCUUGGUGAUCGCAUUGCCGACGCUGAGGUCGUCCGCAGCCGAGGAGCAGCUGUCGCAAUGGGAGAAGGUCCCGCUGCCGAUUGAUCCCGGCGUUGUUCUUCUCGAUCUUUCCUUCGUUCCGGACGAGCCGAAUCGAGGAUUCUUGCUCGGGACGAGGCAAACGCUGCUGGAAACCAAGGACGGUGGAAGAUCGUGGUCUCCCAGGAGCGUUGCAUCCGCCGAGGAGGAGGAUUUCAACUACAGGUUUAAUUCCAUCAGCUUCAAAGGCAAGGAAGGAUGGAUCAUUGGAAAGCCCGCGAUUCUUCUCCACACAUCCAAUGCUGGCGAGACCUGGGAGAGAAUUCCCUUGAGCUCUCGGCUUCCUGGCAAUCCAGUGGUGAUUCAAGCAACUGGAGACAAGCAAGCAGAGAUGGUCACCGACGAAGGAGCGAUCUAUGUAACAUCCAAUGCUGGUUACAACUGGAAGGCCGCAGUGGAGGAGACGGUCUCGGCAACUCUUAACAGAACUGUGUCAAGUGGAAUCAGUGGAGCUAGUUACUACACGGGAACUUUCAACACAGUGAAUCGCUCACCGCAAGGUGACUACGUUGCGGUGUCUAGCAGGGGCAACUUCUAUAUGACCUGGGAGCCCGGCCAGCCUUACUGGCAACCUCACAACAGGAGGAGUGCCCGACGCAUUCAAAACAUGGGAUGGCGUGCUGAUGGUGGUCUUUGGCUUGUUGUUCGUGGAGGUGGUCUCUACCUUGGGAAAUGCUUGGGUGUGUGCGAGGAUUUCGAAGAGGCCAGCAUUCCAAGCAGGGGAUUCGGGAUUUUAGACUUGGGAUACCGGUCUAAGGACGAAGCUUGGGCUGCCGGUGGAAGUGGCAUGCUGCUCAAGACAACCGAUGGAGGAAACACUUGGAGCCGAGAUAGAGUCGCGGACAGCAUUGCUGCCAACUUAUACUCUGUCAAGUUCCUCGACAACAAAAAAGGCUUCGUGCUAGGCAACGAUGGUGUUCUUCUCCGCUACCUCAGCUAAGAAUCUCCAUCAAAACUAUCAACUGGGCGAUGGUUUCCCGAUCGCCCAGUUCAUCGGCAGUAGAGAAUUUGCUACAGCAGCAGCAGCUCCAAUCCCUGGCAGCGCUUGUAAAAUCCCACUCGAGCUCCAAAGAUCUAAACAUCGCCAGACAAAUUCACGCUCGAGUUCUA